CACCUUGGCCGCGUUCUCGGCGUCGUCCCUGGCCGUGAAGGCGUCGAACGCCCUCUCGAGCUUGGCGCCCCAGGCGGGGUUGGCGAAGAGCGUCUUCCCAUCGAAGGGGUUGGGGAGGGUGGAGUUAUCACGCCUCCACCUGAAGCCGCUGUUGGACCGGGCAUGGGGCACCGCCGAGACGGCUCCCACCGCGGAGAGGGUGGCGAUGAGUGAGCUGAUACGCAUGGUGUGUAGUGUGCACGACAGAGAGACUAUGGAGAGGAAGAAAAGACAGCACCGGAGUUAUCUGUGAACGGUCUCUGUGACUGAAUCGCUGUCCAGAAAGUCCAACACCAACAGCGAUGGCAUCAAUUAUUAUAUACUUUUGUCGUCUCUCUCUUCUUCCUCCUCCUCUCUCUUCUGGCUCCCCGAUUGAUGACCCGAUUUAUGAACGGCUCCAUGACGGUGCAUCUCUCGGCGAGCCAAGCCCUCCAUCUCAGGAACGGAACGAAGAGAUAAAUGGCGAUUUGCCCCCGUUGCUGGUCCACAGGCCGGCGGAAAGCCAGGGCCGGCGGCCAAGAGCCUCAGGAUUAAUUUGUGUGGUAUUCGCUUCCGGCAACUAUAUGAGCCAAGCCAUAACGGUUGAGAAUACCAGCCGCCGCUCUAAAUUGCAUUGCGCCGAGCCGCGCCCUGGGACUUCCCGAACCGGCAGCGUAGGACCCUUAUCCGGGAUUGGGGCCUGUCGAUCGCCCCCGCCGUUGGCGAUGGGGGCCAUACCCUAUGCUGGGAGGUGAGGGGCGCGUGGCGUCAUGGAUG